AUGUUGCGUCUUCUAUUUUGGUUACCAUUUGCUUUGGUUGUUCUAGCUUCUUCAGUAGCUUCUGCUGCAAUUGUGGAACACUCAUUCCAUGUGCAAAACCUUACAGUUCGUCGACUGUGCUCUGAGCAAGUGGUAACUGCAGUGAAUGGAAGCUUGCCUGGCCCAGCAAUUCGCGUUCGAGAGGGUGACACCCUUAUAGUCCACGUUUUUAACAAGUCACCCUACAACUUGACAGUUCACUGGCAUGGAGUGUUUCAGAUACUUAGUGCCUGGGCAGAUGGACCUAAUAUGAUAACUCAAUGUCCAAUACCCCCUGGAGGUAAAUACACCUACAAAUUUAAACUCCUCCAGCAAGAAGGUACCCUAUGGUGGCAUGCUCAUAGCAGUUGGCUCCGAGCAACAGUUUAUGGGGCACUCAUUAUCCGUCCAAGAUCCGGCCAUCCUUACCCUUUCCCGAAGCCCGACAAAGAAGUUCCCAUUCUGUUAGGAGAGUGGUGGAAUGCUAAUGUUCUUGAUGUCGAAAGCCAGGCUCUUGCCACUGGUGGACCACCUAACAUUUCAGAUGCCUACACCAUAAAUGGACUCCCUGGGGAUCUCUACAACUGCUCUGAAAACAGAAUAUUCAAGCUUAAGGUGCAGAAAGGAAAGACUUAUCUCCUCCGAAUAAUCAACGCUGCACUCAAUAAUCAGCUCUUUUUCAAGAUAGCCAAUCAUAAAAUGACAGUUGUUGCUGUUGAUGCCUCGUACACGGUGCCUUACAUCACUGACGUUGUUGUCACCGGCCCCGGCCAGACUGUGGAUGUUCUCCUCGCAACCGAUCAGGAAGUGGGUUCUUAUUACAUGGCUGCAAACGCAUAUGUUAGUGCUGCUGGUGUAGAGUUUGAUAACACAACCACAAGAGGAAUUGUUGUCUAUGAAGAUGCACCAACAUCUGUAACUCCCAUAAUGCCUCUACUGCCUGCCUUUAACGACACCCCUACUGCCCACAAGUUUUUCACCAACAUUACUGGCUUGGCUGGGGGCCUCACUGGGUUCCAGUCCCACGGAAAAUCGAUGAGCGCAUGUUUGUGA